AUGGCAGCCGCACAUGGAGACCUAAGCCAUUUGCUGCCCCUUAACUAUAAGCGUAUCAUAUCAACGUGGCUUGAGGAGGACUGUCCCAGCUUUGACUAUGGAGGCUUCGUCGUUGGUGAAGCUGAGGGAGAAGCAAGGCUCCUGGGGAAAAGCAAGGGAAUCGUGGCUGGCGUUCCCUUUGUGAAUGAAGUAUUUGCUCAGCUAGGGUGCACAGUUGACUGGAACGUCAAGGAAGGUGAACGCAUUGAGCCAGUCACCGUUUGUGCCAUAGUGCGAGGGCCGAUGAGAAAACUCCUCCUCGGUGAACGAGUGGCCUUGAACAUUCUAGCUCGAUGCUCGGGAAUUGCAACAAAGACUGCAGCUUUGCUUACUAUCCUUCGUGACCAGGGCUGGAAAGGUACAUUGGCAGGCACCCGCAAAACAACGCCAGGAUUCCGUAUCGUUGAGAAGUAUGGAAUUCUCGUUGGCGGUGCUGAUCCUCACCGCCACGAUCUCAGCUCCAUGACUAUGUUAAAGGAUAAUCACGUAUGGGCGUGUCAUAACAAGACCCAGACCAACGCAGGGGCAAGUGAAGCCCCCAGUGCAGAUGUAAGCACUAUUGCCAAAGCUAUACCCUCUGCAGUCCAGGCUGCUCGUGCAACUGCCGGCUUUUCUACCAAGAUUGAGGUAGAAUGUCGCAGCAUCGAGGAGGCAAAUGCUGCCAUCAGUGCAGGUGCUGAUGUUAUCAUGCUGGAUAAUUUUACUGCUGACGGAGUGCGGGCUGCGGCAAAGCAGCUGAAGGACGAGUGGGACGCGAAGGGCAAACCACGCGGAAGUUUCCUCGUGGAAGUCAGCGGCGGGUUGAACGAGACCAACGCUGCAAAAUUCGUGUGUGAUGACGUGGAUAUUCUGUCUACAAGCAGCAUCCAUCAGGGUGUUGGAAUUGUUGACUUCUCCUUGAAGGUAUCGCUGAGAUAG